UGCCAAGCUUCACGACACUUGAUGCAGUGGAGCUGUCGGAGGUCGAACUGCAUUGAAGCUCCUCCCACGCUGCGACUGUCACCUCCUUCGACUCUGACCUGCACCGACGCUCGAUUGCCUGCAAAGGCUUCUGUCGGGCACUGCGUUGCAAGAUGCACACCUGCCAACCCUCUACCCUCGCGCUGCGCGCAGCUCGGUCGUCACUAAAACCUAAAUCCUUCCGACGAGGAUACAACCAAGACAUCGCUAUCACGAGGACGGGCAAACCGAUUAUAAAACACGCAGGAGGGAGGUCAUCGUUAGGAGGCUAUACGGUUACUGUGUUUGGUGCAAAUGGGUUCCUCGGAAGAUACAUCGUGCAGCGGCUUGCGAAGAGAGGAUGCCAGGUUGUCGUCCCAUACAGAGACGAUAUGGCAAAGAGACAUUUGAAGCCCACCGGCGACCUGGGAAGGGUUUCAUUCAUGGAGUUCGACCUGAGGAACACAGAGUCGAUUGAGGAGAGUGUGCGACAUUCUGACAUUGUGUUCAACCUGAUUGGCAAGAAUUACCCGACUAAAAACUUCAGUCUGUGGGAUGUCAACGUUGAGGGCGUGGAAAGAAUAGCUGAAGCUGUUGCCAAAUACGACGUUGACAGGUUCAUUCACCUCUCGUCGUACAACGCCGACAUUGACUCACCAUCCGAGUUCUUCAGGUCAAAGGCGAGAGGAGAGCAAGUUGCAAGGCAACUCUUCCCCGAGACCACCAUCGUUCGACCGGCACCCUGCUUCGGCUUUGAAGACACCCUUUUGCAUCGCCUUGCCGGCGUCACCAAUUUGAUCACCGUGAAUAACAUGCAGGAACGUUUCAACCCGGUUCAUGCCAUCGACAUCGGAAUGGCCCUGGAAAAGAUUGGCUACGAUGAUACGACCGCGGGCGAGACCUUUGAGCUCUACGGCCCCACAAACUACAGCAUGCGCGAAAUCGCCGAGUUGGUCGACAGGGAAAUCCUCAAGGAACGCCGCCACAUUGACGUGCCCAAAGCCCUCCUCAAGCCCAUUCUUUAUUACCUGAACAAAGUCAUUUGGUGGCCAAUCAUGACAGCGGAUCAACUGGAACAAGAGUCACUGGAUCAGACGGUCGAGAAGGGGGCAAAGACGUUCAAAGACCUGGGAAUUGAGCCGGCAGAGUUGAGGGAUUUGACGUAUUUGUACCUGCAAGACUAUCGGAGCAGCUCCUACUAUGAUUUGCCGCCAGCAACGGCCAGGGAGAAGAAGGAGGCAAAGAAGUAUUUGCACGUUAUUGAUGAUCAGUAGGUGGGCGAAGGGAGGGGGUUUGGUGCGGAUCGCAUGCGUGGAUAUUCGAGAACGAUUGGAAUUGAGGGUCUGUGGUUGAACUGCUUGCAGGAGACCACUGUCCCUGCUCGAGACCCGAGAGAUUGUACAUACAUAGCUAGAGAGUGAGGGUCCAGACAUCAGAAAGGAUUCGGCUAGGACACCCGUGAUUCCUAUCCUCCGUGCGUGCUGCCUGAACGAUAGUAUGGGAUGCAGCUUAGCAGGGUUGAGAGGAUACAGGUCGUUGCACCCUGAAGGAAGGUGACCUUCACGGAUGCUAACGUUACCUUGGUACCUCGUGUACAUACACAGCCGAGCCCAGUUCAAUCACCGUGAAGCGAUAUUACAUUAUUAC